AAGAAGCACCACCACCAUCACAUUCUCGCGUCAGCCUCUCUCCUACCACAACCGGCCGGUGUGUUUGCCACUUUCCCACAGUGAGUUGUGCUAUUGACAAGCAAGCACCGUCCUCCAGCAUCUCUCAUCAUGAAUCUAUAUGAGUUUAGUGCAGUGGAUGCCGGUAAAGGACUAUUGGUCAAAAUGAAGCUUCUUUUGGUCGUGUGUCUGGCUGUCGCUGCUUCCUGCGCUGUGGCGCCCAGACGUCCUAACGCAGUGGUGGAUUUUGUGCCUGGCAAUGCUAAAGUGUCUGGACGGUUGCAACUUUACCGAACUGAUUAUGCCGGUGUCUUGAUCCAGGGGAGAGUGUCAGGCCUAACUCCAGGUCACCACGGCUUUCACGUACACGCAGAGGGUGACCUGUCUGGGAAGUGCACGGCCGCAGGUGGUCACUUCAACCCCUUCCAGACCAACCACGGCUCCCCAUACGAUAACCCCAUACGCGACCGCCACGUAGGGGAUCUUGGCAACAUUCAGGCUGAUCGUUACGGUAAUGCUGACAUCUAUAUUCAUGACACGGUGAUUUCCCUCGACCCUGCCUCCCAUGCGUACAUCGGCAACAAGGCCAUCGUGAUUCACCAGGGCCGCGAUGAUCUAGGACGUGGUGGCAACCCGGAUAGCUUGAAAACUGGCAAUGCUGGAGGACGCGCUGGUUGUGGCCUCAUCGUACCUCACUAAAAGUUGUCGAGCUUCUUGUUUUUUUUGUUUUGUUUUUUGUGUUGAUAGUUUUUUGAGUUAUUUUCUUUUCUAUUCUUUUGUUUUAUCCAUUUUUUUUUCUCUCUCGCUUCAGUAUUCAGUAAAUAUUAUUAUACUAUGUUUUUAUGAGUGGUGUUAAAAGCAAUUAGGUUAUGAAGUCGAAAAUUUGCCUCGACAAAAUAUCUUACCAAAUAGUUGUAGACAUAUAAAAAAAUAAUAUAUCUGUACUUAUACUAAA